AUGACGGAGCCAAAAGAAUCGGGCCUGAGCUCCCCGGACCCGGAGAACGAACACCAUCACCCCCCACGACCACACCUCUGCUCGGCAUGCAGCCAGAUCGACUUCAAAGCUCUUUUCACGACUCACAGACGUCAUAAUGACUUGAAUCCUUACGAGGAUGAAAUACCCAAGGCAUGCAAAUGUUUUGAGACACUUGAAACCCGUGAAAAGUCCGGCUGGCCAGGCCCCGAGUUGGCAGACAAAUCCAAACCACAGUGCCCCUUUUACGCAUUCUACAAAGACUACCUACUUCGAUCCAGAGGCAUCACCUUGGGAAUGGAGAGGGAUCCCGAUCAUUUUCCGACCGGUAUUUUUUUGAAAGGGUUUCAUUCCUUGAAAUGGUUUUGGGUAGAACAUGAAGGAUGUCCACACAACCGCGACGAUUACCGUAGAAAGUAUUGUCGACAUUAUGUGCAAGACGUUUUUGCACUGCAAUUCGCGCAAGGGCGCACUGACCCGGGCCUUGGAGCCUAUACUUUCCACGCGCAUAAUGCGGGGCAUGCCAUUCUGCGUGUUGUGGAUGACGGUCCGAAUCAUAGUGCGUUGACGAGGGCUAGAGAGGCUGGGGGCGGAUUAUUGGCGAGAAGAAUCUUGCCCGAUCAGGUCAACUACAAUCUCAUUGGGGAAUGGUUAAGGCUUUGUCAGUUGGGGCAUGCUCAAUGUCAUGGUGAUGGUGAUGGUGAUGGUGAUGUGGUCACAAUUCCUGGAUUCCGGGUCAUUGAUUGUACCACGGGAAAUAUCGUUUCCGUGGUUGAGGCUUUGGAGAGUGGUGGAAAGCACGACAAGGUUGACUAUGUUACUCUCAGUUACGUCUGGGGUCAGGCGGGAUUCAGCGGUCCUGUCUUACGGGAAGACGGCCUCUCUCUACCAGAAGAGUUACCUCUGGUCAUCAGCGAUGCCAUAGAGGUCGUCAAGAGGCUUGGAUACAGAUACCUUUGGAUCGACCGGUAUUGUAUUCCCCAGGACGACAUACCAUCCAAACAAAUCCAGAUCCAGAACAUGGAGAGGAUCUACUCCUGCUCUGUCUUGACUAUAAUCGCGGCAGCAGGAGAGGGACCGGAGUACGGGCUUCCGGGAGUUAGUUCGCGCCAUCGUCCUGAACAGCUCUGUGUGCAAGUGGCCGAAGAGAUUUCCCUGGCUUUGUAUGAAAGUCCCAAAAAUUUGGUGACAACCUCAAAGUGGCAUACCCGUGGUUGGACCUACCAGGAAGGACUAUUGUCGAAGCGCCGGCUCAUCUUCACGGACCUGUUGGUUUACUUCCAGUGCUAUGAGAUGCACGGGGAUGAAGUCUUAUCGGUCCCGCUUCCUGGCGCGGCUGAUUCACUCGAUGCGGACGGUCGACAUGAUCAGUUCGACGACAUCCGUUAUAUAUCAUUUGAACGCGAAGAGUCAGACUUUGGCUCCGUCUUUCCACGUCGAGUCGCCGAAUGGUCAGAUUCCAGCACAAUCUGGGACAGAAUCAAAGAGUUCGCGCAAAGACGACUUGCUUUUGAUGCAGACACUCUGGAUGCCAUCGCCGGUAUCUUUGGGAGAUACCGUUCUAAAACGACAGAGCACGAAAUCCCCUUCUUUUAUUCGUCUUCAGUCAAUGAUAUAUCGAACAGUCUGACCUACAAAUUGGUCUACAAUAAGCCUACAGACAUUAUACCAACAGACCGGCAAAUGAUGCGAAGAUCAGUGUUUCCAAGUUGGUCAUGGGCCGAUUGGAAGACCUGCUUAAUAAAGCAUAAGAAUGUAGUAAAACGGCACUUCGCCUUAGACACCUGCACCAUGGCACAUGUCGAAUUCGAAGAUGAAGCGGGCAUUGUACAGAGGCUGGACUGGGAGACACAAAACGCAGAGAUUUUGAACCUAACACUCCAAGGCGGCAAGAUCCCGGCGUGUUUGACUCUCAGGGGGACGGUGUUAGACAUAAAGUUGAAGUUGACGUCCGAUUUCGAUUCAUGGAGCCCACUAGGAACAUGGACAUAUACAUGGCCACCAUUCCUUGAAGGACAGACGAUAGACUGCCUACCCCGUGUUCUGUUUGACGACAUUGAACAUGAAGGGGGCAGCGAUGGCACCUCCACCAGUGGCAAGCGCAACGAAGAUGCCAAUUUUCUUGGCCUGUUGCUCGCAAUAGAAGCCUUUACAUGGUCUGCGCACCAUCUUUGGAUUAUGAUGCUCAAGCCAGUAAAGAGAACGCUCAAUGGAAGACCAGAAACAAUGUAUGAAAGAGUGCACCUACUGAAGGUGAACGUCAACGAGGAUGAGCACGAACGGGUUUGGUCCGCAUUACCACGGUUUGUGAGGGAAGAACAGGUUCGAUUGUGUUGA